CGCAUGCGCAGCACAACUACCGUUGCGUUGAAAAGGAAAUAGUAGAAAACAGAGCAGAGGCCCGUGUUAUUUCUGUAGCUGACCUUAUACAAGGUUUAGCUUUUUAAUUCUGUUGUCUAUUGAGAUCACAUUUGAACACUGAAAACGUAAACGUCACAAGGCAGCUGUUUGCUGAGUUGGGUUGGAAAGGAAACGCAAAAUGGCGACAACGGACGACUCCCGAUUCUACAGUGAACAUGACGAUCGUGUCGGACCCAGACGUCGCAGGAAGGGCAGGGGACCUUUCAGAGCGCCUCUUUACAGCGAGCAGAUGUCAAAGCAGAGACAUCGUGGAGGCCAUGGGGGAGGUGGAGGUGGAGGGGCUGGUCCCAGAUCGAGGUUUGAGGACGAUGAUGGUGAUGUCACAAUGACUGAUGACGUUCACGAUGGGGGAUUGCAGCGGAGAUUUAAUCCUUACGGGCGUCCCCAAAAUCGACGUAACGGUCGAAGAGGAGGAAAAGAUACAAGAGGUGAUGGAGGCAACCAGGGGGGCAGAGGGAAUAGAGGUGGAGGAGGCAGCGGCGGUGGCGCAGACACCGCUGACGCAGUCGGAGGUCGCAAGAAUUGGUUCAAGAUUACAAUUCCCCAUGGGAAAAAAUAUGAAAAGCAGUGGCUUCUGUCGUCUUUACGGAACAUCUGCACAAUGCCUUUCUGUGCCAUACAGUACCACACAGAAGGAAACCGAGCACAGUUCUACAUUGAAGAUUCUACUACAGCGUAUGCUUUGUCCAAAGUGUCCAGAAGAAUCACAGACAAGGAUGGAUUUAAGGUGGCAGUGUUGCUGAAUCAGUGCCAGGCUCCAAGCUUACCCCAACAGGACCUGAAGCUAGAGGAUCUUGAGCAUUUGAAGCAAUGCAUGUCCAAGCGAUUUGACGGUUCUCAACAGGCCCUUGAUUUGAACAACAUCAGAGUUGACCCAGAUUUGGUUUCCUUAAACAUUGAGGUGGCUCUCGGCAGGAAAAACUCCAUGCAGGCAGUCAUCAAGAUCAUCGAGGAAAACAUCCCUGAGCUGGUGUGUUUAAACCUAAGCAACAACAGACUGUACAGGCUCGAUGAUCUCGCUGACCUCAUCGGCAAAGUGCCAAAUCUGAAGAUUCUCAAUCUCUCACACAACGAGAUAAGAUCGGAGAGAGAGUUGGACAAGCUUAAGGGACUGAGACUGGUGGAGUUGUCGCUCCAGCGGAACCCCCUCUGCGAUCACUUUAGCGACCAGGCCGACUACAUUAGUGCCGUACGGGAGAGGUUCCCCAGGCUGCUCAAACUGGAUGGACACGAUCUUCCUCCUCCCAUAGGCUUUGACCUAGAGGUUGCUCCUGCCGUGCUUCCUCCCUGCAAGCCUGGUCACUUUGGCUCAGAAGAACUGAAGGGCCUCAUCACGUGCUUCCUGCAACAGUAUUACGCUAUAUAUGACUCGGCGGACAGACAACCUCUGCUUGACGCUUAUCACGAUGGAGCAACGUUCUCCCUCAUUAUCCCAUCCUCCACACAGAAUCCCUCCAGAGGCGGUUUGGGAGAGUACCAGAAGGACAGUCGGAACAUUAAGCGUGUGAAGGAUGCUACUACAAGGUUUCGCUUGCUGAAGCACACCCGGUUGAACGUCGUUGCUUUUCUGAACGAGCUUCCCAAAACUCAGCAUGACAUCGCCUCGUUUAAUGUCGACGUCAACACUUACACAAGCACGUUGCUGUCUUUUACGGUCAGUGGAGUGUUUAAAGAAGCGGAUGGCAGCUCCCGUGACUUGUUCAGAGCUUUCUCUCGGGUGUUUAUCACAGUGUCCCCUGGAAAUGGAAUGAUGUGCAUUGUGAACGAUGAGAUGUUUAUCCGUAACGCCACAACAGAGGAGAUUCGGCGAGCGUUUGUAGCUCCUGCCCCGACACCCUCCAGUAGCCCUGUGCCCACGCUGUCUGCCACUCAACAGGAAAUGCUCUCUGCUUUCUCCCAGCAGUCAGGCAUGAAUCUGGAGUGGUCUCAGAAGUGCCUGCAAGACAACGACUGGAAUUUUGAGCGGGCCGGGCAGAUUUUUACAGACCUUAAGGCCCAAGGAAAGAUCCCAGAUGUCGCUUUCAUAAAGUGAACUUUUUUUUUCCUUCUUUUUUUUUUUAAACAAUGUUUUGUCUGAUGAGCUUCAGAACAAGGCUUAGAUUUGUGUUUGUAGCUGUUGUAAUUAUUGCUGAUUUAAAUACUCAGUUACAUGGUUAUUGAUGUCGAUUCACUACAAUAUUUACCAGCUACCUAUUCUGUACAAAAAUGUAGACUAUGCAUAUUUUCUUCUGUUGUAUACUUUCUUCCUAAAUGUUGUUUUGAUUAAAUAUUUUUUGAAGUCA